ACCGCUUGUUUGCCUAUGCUUCCUCCUUGGGAGGAGUGCGAGACGCCGGAAAGAACCCGAGAAAAGCUAGACGCCAUUUUACCUUUGCGCCUUCCCAUCCUGCUAUCUGAGCUCCAAUUCAUCGUCGAUCGCAGAACAAGUGUUGGCUUCUAUCCCCAAUCCAUCGAUAUGAACAACGAAUACGAUUACCUCUUCAAGCUCCUCUUGAUCGGGGAUUCCUCGGUCGGGAAGUCAUGUCUUCUCAUCAGAUUCGCGGAUGAUUCGUACGUUGAUAGCUACAUCAGCACCAUUGGUGUUGAUUUCAAAAUUCGUACUGUGGAACUGGAUGGAAAGACAAUUAAGCUGCAAAUUUGGGAUACAGCAGGACAGGAACGGUUCAGGACCAUAACCAGCAGUUAUUACCGUGGAGCACAUGGGAUCAUUAUUGUUUAUGACAUUACAGAGAUGGAAAGUUUCAACAAUAUCAAGCAGUGGCUAAGUGAGAUUGACAGAUAUGCUAGUGACAGUGUGUGCAAGCUUCUUGUUGGAAACAAAUGUGAUUUGGUUGAGGACAGAGUUGUGGAAACUGAAAAGGCAAAGGCAUUUGCUGAUUCACUUGGUAUUCCUUUCAUUGAGACGAGUGCAAAGGAUUCAAUCAACGUGGAGAAAGCUUUCUUAACCAUGUGCGCUGAAAUUAAGAAAAGAAUGGGAAACCAACACACUGCAGAUACCAAACCUACCACUGUUCAGAUGAAGGGUCAACCCAUUGAGCAGAAGAGCAGCUGUUGCAGUUAAAAUCCAGUUUUCGUGGCAUUUUUCAUUUGAUAUGGACAAUUAAUUCAGUAUACUUAAUCAGCACAUUAAAUGUUUGGAGAUUCUAAAUGAAUUGUAGCUUGUCUACACAUAAGACCUCA